AUGCCGCUUCAGCUUCUACUUCACUAUGUCCACCGUCUGUGGCGCAGCCUUCGUUUCCAGCGAAUUUUUGCCACUUUCGCCGGGAUAAUUCAGCUGAUUGCAGGCGUGAUUUCGCUCUUGCUGCUGCUUUGUGUUUAUUAUUGUAUAAAAUUAGUGCAAAGUACUCAAAUAAUGUCCGAGAACGAAGAGAAAGCGCCCGCUGUUGAGGUAAGUGGUGCGUCAAACGCGUCAAACGAUGAGUCAAGGGACAAUCCUGAUGGCCCAACAAUGCAGAAGAUCGAAGAUAUCAUUACAAUUGAUCCAGAAACGUAUGAGUUGGAUUUGAAUCAUCAGCGAAUAGGGAAGAUCGAGGACCUGGAGCCUCUGGUGCGCAUCGAGAGAUUAUGUUUCCGGUGGAAUCUUAUAAAGAAAAUUGAGAACCUGGGCACCUUGACCACUCUCAAGGAGCUGGAGUUCUAUGACAACCAGAUCACAAAGCUUGAGAAUCUGGAAGCUCUUGUCAACCUUGAGAUUCUCGAUGUGAGCUUCAAUCGUCUGGUAAAGAUUGAGAAUAUUGAGAUGUUGGUGAAUCUUGAAAGGCUGUUUCUGUGCGCCAACAAAAUUCCACGCAUUGAGAAUCUGGAUUCUCUGAUAAAUCUUACGAUGCUGGAAUUGGGGGACAACAAAUUGCGGAAGAUUGAGAACCUUGAUGCCUUAGUGAAUCUGAAGCAACUCUACCUGGGAAAGAACAAGAUCACGCGCAUAGAAAAUCUUGAGAAACUGACCAAUUUAACGUGUUUGAGUCUCCAAGCCAACAGGAUCACAAAGAUUGAGAAUCUGGAAAGUCUCACGGCUUUGUCGGAACUCUACUUAUCUGAGAAUGGUAUUGAGAAGAUCGAGAAUUUGGACAGUAACACGGCAAUCGAGACCCUCGACUUGGCGCAGAAUAUGGUCAGCAAGAUUGAGAAUCUCUCACAUCUCACCGAUCUCGAAGAAUUUUGGCUCAAUGAUAAUUCCGUGUCCGAUUGGGCUUCGGUUAAUCACUUGUCCGGGAACACUCAGUUGGCCACAAUCUAUCUGGAGCGCAAUCCUGUGGCUUCGGACGUUCAGUAUCGCACGAAGCUAAAGCUGGCCAUACCGUCACUCACGAAGAUCGAUGCUACGCUCUGUCGCUAG